AUGUCUGAGGAUUCGCAUUCAUCUCAAUCACCGCAGCCGCCUUCCGGCUCCGACUCAGGCUCAGGCUCGUUGGCACCAUCACCGCUAUCUUGCUAUUUGUGCAAGACGCGGAAAUUGAGAUGCGACAGAACUCAGCCCAUUUGUGGGCGUUGUGCUAACGCAGGGGAGCGCUGCGACUAUCCAUCAGCACGGAAACGCCCCGUCAUGCCUGUUACGAGACCGGGAGUGCGCAACUUGAAAGCAAAGAUCCAGGAACUGGAGGAUAGGUUGGAGGCUCAAAACACAUCCCCCGAAUCUGGGUACUCCAACACAGAGCUCAUCGACACUGGCCGGUUCGACCAAUUGCCACCGCCACAUAUAGUGGAGGAGCUUACGUCAAUAUACUUCACCAAAUUGCAGUCAGACUCUUUCAUGAUCCACGGAGAGAGGUACGUUGCCUCGCUCUACAAGCCUGCGCAUAUGCAGCCACCUAUGUGCUUGCAGUAUGCCAUCCUGGCGGCUGGGGCGAGUGCAUCUCAGACAUACAAACACUUGGCCGACGCCUUCUACGGACGUGCACGUCAGUACAUCCAGACAGAUGAGAUGAAGGACGACAGCCAUCAAAUCUCUCUCCCUCAUGUUCAAGCUUGGGUUCUCAUUAGUCAUUUUGAGGCGCAGCAUUUGUGGUUUUCCCGAGCGUCCAUGAGCAUAGCCAGGGCCGUUCGUUUAGGCCAAAUUCUCGGACUCCACAGGUUGGAUGGUAAGAACGUCGCCGGUUUAACGCUGCCGCCAGCAACGGACUUUACCGAGGAGGAAGAACGCAGGAAGACCUUCUGGGUUAUGUUCUGCACCGAUCGAAUCACGAGCAGCACAGGUGGCUGGCCCACACUGAUGGAUGCGCGCAGUGCCCUCGAACAAGACAUGUGGGAACUUUCCACCAGUGCUUGUAGGGUGGUGGCUGUUCACCUGUUUAACGAGUGCUUCAACUUUUCCAGGGGCGGCGACGACGACGCCGACAACGAUGUCAGGCAGCAGCUUCAAAAGCUUGACAAUAGCCUCACCAAAGCCUUCGAAACGCUGCCGUAUCAUCUGCGGUGCCCCGAGAACAUGGAAGACGCCGACGCCGUCUUCAUCAAUCUUCAGUUGCACACCGCCUUGAUCUGCAUCCACCGCGCGGCGACGACGAGGUCACAAAUGGACAUGGGCACACUGCCGCAAAUCCAUGAGAGGGUCUCGGUUUCCGCAGUCAAAAUCAUGACAAUUGUGGCACUGGUGGCAGAUAUCGCUACGAGCUUCCGCAACCCGCUAAUUUCGUUUGCCACGUAUAUCGCAGCGUCAUUCUUCCUGACCGACUUUUUAGCAUCGGGAAACCGCCAAAGCGAGGAGAACCUCACAGCUCUCACAAACUUGAUGAUAGACGUCGGGAAAACGAAUGCCUUUACGGCGUCGCUCGCUGUCCGGUUGGCGCAGGCACUGAGCACGUCUGGAGUUGAUCCGAGGGCUGUUGAAAAGAUGUUGAUGGCUGACCUCACAAUUCCUGGGCAAGAAGACGAGGAAAAUGGCAUCGUCAUAUUAUGUCCUUCGACCAGUCAGCCUAGCCAUCUUGAUUUCGGAGAGAGAUCGUCAUUGCAGUGA